AAGGAUAAGGAUAAUGAAGCCGGUUGCAGCAGAUGGGGCUGCUCUGUGCAGCGCUACCUGAAGGGCUGAAAAAGAAAGGGCGGGAUUGCAGGCGGUUCCUUCUCCCCUCCUUGGCUUUUGGACCGUUUGCCAGAUCAGGCCACCAUGAGGUCCUUGAAUCCUCGGAAGUGCUUCCUCCUAGUUGGAGAAGGAAACUUUUCUUUCUCUGCCGGUUUGUGUGACGCAUGGGGUGACGAGACUCACAUCGUUGCUACCUGCUAUGAGAGUGAAGAUGUCGUCUCCAGGCAAGAACUUGCUAAAACCAACAUUCGGUAUCUGAGGAACAGAGGAGCUGAAGUUCACUUCUGCGUCGAUUGCGUCAAACUGAAGGAGCGCUUUUGGCCAGCAGAGGGGGAUUUUGAUCGCAUCUAUUUCAAUUUCCCCCAUUGCGGGAGAAAAGCUGGAGUGAAAAAGAACAAAGAGCUCCUGGCCGGGUUUUUCUGCAGCUGUGCAGAGGUUCUGGCAGAGAAGGGAGAAGUCCACGUGGCGCUUUGUAGGGGACAGGGCGGUACCCCUGCGGACCAGCCGAGGAGGGAGUGGCACAACAGUUGGCAAGUCGUCGCUAUGGCAGCAGAGGGGGGAUUCAUUCUGAACGACGUUCAUCCAUUUAGCACCAGGGAUGCCGGCGGAUAUAAAUGCACGGGCUACAGGAGUCAGGAUAAAUCCUUCUGUGUGGAAGGAGCUUUGAAUCACAUAUUCAUCCAGAGCCUGCCGCUUCUGCUUCCCAGACCUCUGAGCUCUCAAACAGAACUGGAAGGCAAAUUGGUUUCCUUCCGGGUUCCGGAAAUCUUUCAAGAUAAGAUCAACAGGGCUUUUCUGGAUGUGAGUUCAGCGCAUCCUGUCAGAACAGUAAAUGAAAAACUCCUUGAAGGACUUGGCAAAUCGUUCCCCAUUCUGAAGGCAAACUGUCCGCUUCCUUUGGUGUUCCAAGACAGUGGCAAUUCCUCUUUCCCUCCGGAUGCCCUUUGGAUGGUUCCUGUUGCUGAAAGAAAUCCAGAUACUGAGUCGGUGGCUGAGAAGAAUAUGAGGGGCACAGAAACCUUUCCUUCGGGGUUUCCCUACUGGGAUGGUACAGACGGAGGUAGCAGCUUAAAAAACAGGGACCGGUUCUUGAGACAAUUCUAUCUGAGACCUUCCCUUCUGGUUUUUCUUCCCACAAUAGUGCAACAAACAGAGUUUCCUCCUGAGACCUUCCUGGCGUUCAGCGGGCCCGUGUUUAGGAAAUGCAAGAUCUCGCCUUGCACGCUGCCCGUUUUUCACGAGGCUCUCUUUAUCUGUGCAGUUAAUAAAGGUUCAGAAGACGCACCCGUGCAGUUUCUUGUGGAAAGCCUUACUGGAACGUUAAACCCAUUGCUUAAGGCUCUGGGUUUUCAGUUGGGUUGCACAACAGAUGAGCCGGAUCCAGCCGAACUCAGCGCCUUCGUGAGUUCCGAACCACAGCUCUGUAAACGGAAAUAUUUAAUCGCUCUCAAACUCGACGCUUCUGAUCCUGAACCAAAAAGUUGCUGCGUGGGGACUGUCGGCUUAGUUUCCCGCCGGCUGACGGGCACCGACCGGGAAAUGGUGUACGCUUCAUUGAACCUCGAUCUUCUCACCAUGCACGUCUGCGGCAUCUGCGACUGGCGAAUGCUCUGGACCUCUGAUGAGUGUUUCCUCCAUCAGUUUCCGGGAGGGAAGUUAGGCUGCUUCAAGAGCUUUUCUCUCUAUCCGCCCUCCUACGUGCAUGACCUCAGCUUCUGGGUUCCAGAACCGGAAAGAUUUAACGAAGCCCAGCUUCAUGCCAUCAUCAGGCACACAUCUUGUGAACUGGCUGUGUCUGUUCAACUGCUCGACAGGUUUCAGCACCCGGAGACGGCGCAGACCAGCCUCUGUUAUCGGAUCACUUACCAGUCUUGCGACAAAGCCCUGACAGGCAAGCAAGCCGCAGCGAUGCAGCUGAAGCUUCGGGAGGAGAUGGUGCGUUCCCUCCAUGUGACUCUUAGGUAGCUCCUUAUCCUCGCUUUGAUCUCCACGGACUGGUUUAGCCUGUGCUCGUAAUCCAGACUUGACGUGGAACAUCUGGAUCUUGCGUGGGAGAGGACUCUGAUCCAGAGUGUUAUGUCAGGUCAAGCAUAUGCCUUUUGCAAAGGCUUCAGUGAGAUACUGCUGAAAAUAAAUAAACCAUCUUAUUUAUUUAAAA